UGUGCUACCGUUUUUAAUAAUAUGCCUCCAAAUCGUUUCAAUGGUAAAUCAAAAAGUAAAUUGAUAUUUAAAGUACAAGAUGAAAUUAGAUAUCUUAAAUGGCAAAAGUUUAUGGACAAACUUUAGUACCGAAUAGGGACGUUGCGAUACUACCGAUACGAGUAAAGUAUCGAUACUUUUCUUUCGAUAUAAGUACUUUUUGUAUCGAUACAAUUGUUUUGAUACUUUACCCGUAUCGAUAAAAAAGUAUUGGUAUCGAAUCAUUUACCGCCAUAACGGUUUAAAAGUACUCGUAUCGAACAAUCUAUUUUGAACCACCGACCACAGUCCACAAAUCAUAAUAUAAUAGAUUUCCUAAUCGGUGUAAUUAAAUGCCCGUUUACUGAGAAGGCAAGAAAUAUCAAAGAUUCUGUAUAGCCGUAUAGGCACAGUCGCACAGACUGUAUACAUAUAUUUUCAUAUAGUCUGUGAUAUAGACAGGUACUAUGAAAUCGGGGACAUACACGGAAUGCUCUAAAUAACAAUAAUAAGCAUUAUUAACACUAUUGUACGUUAUUAAUUUUCGAUUGAUUUGCACGUGUACGACCGCUCCUUUUUUACAUUUUUUAAAUAUUUUGUUUAUUAAAUUAUUUUUCAAAAAAUUAUGUCUCCUCCAAAGAGCAAAGUUUGGAUAUAUUUUUAAAAAAUUGACGCUGUUCUUGCAUUAUGCAAGCAUUGUUCACAAAAAGUACGCUAUUGUGACAAUACUUCAAAAUUAUCCAAACAUUUAAAAAAACAUCCAAAUUUGACAAAUACUAAAUCAUCCAUAGUCAAACAGUCAAAAUUGACUAUCACUCACAUAAAAUUCUGUAUCGCCAUUGCCAGAACCUUGCUCAUCAAAAACUCAGUCGCGGCAACUAACGCUUUGUAUGGAAGAUUCUGAGCCAGAGGAAUGUGUAGACGAUCUACCACAGGCUCUACAACGGCUAAAACACCCUAUUGUUGAAGCUUUUCAAAAAAUUAGCUCAUAUGCAGAAGGUGGUCAUCAUUUUCGUAAAAUAACUAUGGCAUUACUUUACUUUAUUUGUAAAGAUUACCGUCCAUUUUCUGUAGUAGAAGGAAAAGGAUUUAGACGGUUCAUUAAAGAAUUGGCACCAUCAUACAAAAUUCCCUCUGUUAAAACUAUAAAAAAUGCCCUUGAUAAUAAGUAUGAGGUUAUUAUAGCUGCAGUAAAAUUGCGUUUGUCAAAUUCACCUCAUGUAUCUCUGACAUUCGAUACAUGGACAGAGACAAUGUCAGAAAAGUUUCUUGGUAUAACCGUACAUUUCUUAGAAGACAUUUCUCUGAAAUCAUUUUGUUUGGCAGUUAGUGAGUUAAAAGAGCGGCAUACUAGUCAAUAUAUUAGUGAACAGUUAGAAAAUAUUUUAUCAGAUUGGGAAAUAAAUCAAGAAAAAAUUGUAAGUAUUGUGACUGACAAUGGUGCAAAUAUUGUUUCUGCUGUUCACAAAACUUUUGGUAAACACCGUUACAUUCCUUGUUUUGUUCAUACCAUCAAUUUAGUUGCAAUACAUAUAGUAGGGCAAAAAACAUUAAACCUAUUAUUUCUAAAGUUCGAAAUAUCAUAAAGUGGGUGAACAAUAGCGUAAGAGUUAGUGAUCUUUUAAGAAAGAAGCAGUCGGAAAACGGAGUUCC